GUCACGUGACAGCGCGGAACAAAAACAAAUGUCAUAUGAUUCGUGUUCACUUUCCAUGAUGGCGGUGGCGACGCGUCUGUGCCUCUGGGUCGCCUUGCUGGUCCAAAGCGGAGUUUUCUGCUUCCCCAUCAGCCAAGAUCCCCAAGAGAGUCCAGCCUGUGGGUACGAAUCAUGCCAUGCAACGAAGCCUUCAAUGCUGAACGUCCACCUGGUUCCUCACACACACGACGAUGUCGGUUGGCUGAAGACGGUUGACCAGUACUUCUACGGAGACCGUAACAACAUCCAGCAUGCGGGGGUCCAGUACAUCCUGGACUCUGUGGUGGACCAGCUUCUGAAGAACCCUGACCGGAGGUUCAUCUACGUGGAGACGGCCUUCUUCUACCGCUGGUGGAAGAACCAGCCAUCCAGCAUGCAGCAGACAGUCAAAGAGCUGGUCAACCAGGGUCGGCUGGAGUUUGUGAACGGGGGCUGGUGUAUGAGCGAUGAGGCCACCACUCACUACAGUGCGGUGGUGGACCAGAUGACUCUGGGGCUGCGCUUCCUCAACGACACCUUCGGGGCGUGCGGCCGCCCCCGCGUGGCCUGGCACAUAGACCCCUUCGGCCAUGCCCGCGAGCACGCCUCCAUGUUCGCCCAGAUGGGUUAUGACGGCUUCUUCUUUGGUCGUCUUGACUACCAGGACCGUGAUCGUAGGAUGCUGGCCAGGGAGCAGGAGCUUAUCUGGAGGGCUUCAGACAGCCUCCCCUCCCCUGCCGCCGACCUGUUCACUGGUAUCCUCCCCAACGGGUACAACCCCCCUGAGGGGUUCUGCUGGGACCAGUCAUGUGACGACCCUCCAAUCAGGGACGACCCUGACCUGGAGGACUACAACGUAGACGAUGUGGUUUCCCGCUUCCUGACCAUUGCACGUGCUCAGUCGUUGGUCUACAAGACCAACCACAUCAUCAUGACCAUGGGCUCAGACUUCCAGUACGAGAACGCCAACCUGUGGUACAAGAACCUGGACAAGCUGAUUCGCUACGUCAACGCCCAGCAGGCCAAUGGCAGUAACGUCAACGUGCUCUACUCCACCCCCUCCUGCUACCUCCAGGAACUACACCGAGCCAACCUCACCUGGGCUCUGAAGACUGAUGACUUCUUCCCCUAUGCUGAUGCGGCUCAUGACUUCUGGACGGGCUACUUCACCAGUCGGCCCGCCCUCAAACGCUACGAGAGACUCAGCAACAGCUACCUGCAGACCUGUAACCAGUUGGAGGUUCUAGGUGGGCCUCUGUCCAGACAAGGUGUCUUUGGAGCAGGAGACAGUGACACCAUGAAGAAGGCCAUGGCCGUAGCUCAGCAUCACGACGCCGUAUCCGGAACGGAGAAGCAGCACGUUGCCAACGACUACGCCAGGAGACUGGCCAACGGCUGGAAGCACUGUCAGGUGUUGGUCAGUAACACUCUAGCAGGUCUAACUGGUUCGUCUAUCCAGCGUGUGUUCUGUGACAACCUCAACAUCAGUGUGUGUCCCCUCACCGAGUCAAGCAAACAGUUCUCAGUGAAUGUGUACAACCCUCUGGGUCGGGUGGUCAGCUGGUCAGUCAGGCUGCCGGUUAACGGGGCCUCCUACACUGUGUCAGACGCCAGCGGAAACACGGUGGACAGCCAGGUGGUCCCAGUGUCCAGGGCAACCCAGGACAUCCGCAUGGACAGAGGACACGCCAUCAACGAGCUGCUCUUCCAGGUGGAGGCUCCCCCUCUGGGCUACACCACCUACUCUAUCUCCCUGCUUCAGGACGGGCCUCCAGUGGCUCCGCCGUCACCCAGGGCCCCCAAGGCCAUAGAGAACAAGUUCCUGAGAGUGACCUUUGACCCUGACACCGGCCUGCUGAGCAGCCUCAGUAACCUGGAGACCAAACAGACCAUCAAACUCACACAGAACUUCUACUGGUACAAUGCCAGUGAUGGCCGUAACUCAGAAAGUCCCCAGAUGUCAGGAGCCUACAUCUUCAGACCCAACUCCUCCACCCCCUUCAUCAUCAGCAAGACAGCCAAGAUAGAGACGCUGCAGAACUCGGUGGUUCAGGAGGUGCGUCAGAGCUUCAGCCCCUGGGUGUCCCAGGUGGUGCGUCUGUACACCCACAGCAGAGCCCUGGAGUUGGAGUGGAGCGUGGGGCCGCUGCCUAUAGGUGAUGAUCUUGGGAAGGAGGUGAUCACGCGUCUGGACAGCAGCAUCAACUCUUCCGGAUUCUUCUACACAGACUCCAACGGCAGAGAGGUGCUGGAGAGGAGGAAAGACUUCCGUCCUACCUGGAAUCUGAAGCAGAGCGAGCCCAUCGCUGGCAACUACUACCCUGUCAACUCCCGAGCUUACAUAAAGGAUGACUCAGAGCAGUUGACUGUGGUGACGGAUCGCUCUCAGGGAGGAGCCAGCGUUCAGGACGGCUCUCUGGAGAUCAUGCUCCACAGACGUCUGCUGUACGAUGACGUGAGGGGGGUGGGGGAGCCCCUGAACGAGACGGGGGAGUUCCUUGAGGGGCUGGUGGUCCGGGGCCGCCUUCUCCUCUCCCUCAGCCCCCCGGAGCAGGCGGCUGACACACACCGCCCCCUGGCCCAGCAGGAGGUCCUGCAGCCCCUGCUCACCUUCACCCCGGGAGAGCUGCACCCCAACACCAGACUGGAGUUCUCAGGUCUGCAGGCUGCGCUGCCCCCUGCUGUCCACCUGCUGACAGUGUCCCAGUGGGACAGAGACUCAGUGCUGAUCAGACUGGAGCACCAGUACCAGGCCUGGGAGAGCAAGCGCUACUCCCAGCCUGUCACUGUCAACCUGCAGAAGUUGUUCUCCACUCUGGACGUGCUGGGCGUGUCCGAGAUGAACCUCUCGGCCAAUCAGUAUAAGGAGGAUAUGACCCGUCUGGACUGGACGCCAGAGACAGGUGAGGAGCCCCUGCAGAAGCCCCUGGGAGACCCCUCUGUGUGGGAGGUGACUCUGAAGCCCAUGGAGAUCCGUACCUUCCUGCUCCGGGUCAGGCACAGAUAGCCAAUCACCAACCUGCAUUCCACACCGCGGGCCAAUGAAAACAAACAAAAAAAGAAUCAAUCGACCAAUCCGCUUUCAGCUUUCGAUUGUGACUUCACGUGUU